AUGGCCUCCGCGUUCAAUGACAAUGCUUCUCUCUCCGCGGCAACUGAACGCCGCAUCGACCACCACGAAGCUGAUGUUGUAAUUGUGGGUGCCGGAGUUCUUGGUUGUGCCCUUGCAGUCGCAAUGGGGAAUCAAGGACGCAGUGUUAUCCUGCUGGAAAAGUCGAUGGAGGAGCCCGAUCGCAUUGUUGGUGAACUACUCCAACCGGGUGGUGUUCAGGCGCUGGAGAAACUAGGCCUACAGGACUGUCUGGAAGACAUUGAUGGCAUUGACGUGAAGGGAUACUGGAUUUCUUACACUGGCGACCCGGUUCUCCUCGAAUACCCCAAGUCCUCUCCAACUUCACCUACACCAUUGGGACGAGCCUUCCAUCAUGGUCGAUUCGUGAUGAAACUACGGGCAGCCGCUCUGUCCUGUCCCAAUGUCACAGUGGUCGAAACCAAGGUGACUGACCUUAUCAUAUCGGCACAUACCCAAGAAGUCCAAGGAGUCGAGUGUGUGACCAAGGACGCCAAGGAUUGCUACUUUGGCCAACUCACCGUGGCCGCCGACGGCUACAACUCAGAAUUCCGCAAGCAACACCACCAGUACACACCCAAACGCAAAUCAAAGUUCUAUGGCUUGGAGCUCAUUGAUGCUAAGCUCCCCGCACCCAACACUGGUCACGUUCUCCUCAGCGAUCACCCACCUGUGCUCAUGUAUCAGAUCGGCACCCACGAGACCCGAAUCCUUAUUGAUAUCCCCGAUAACCUGCCUCUGGCCUCAGUGAAGAAUGGAGGCGUCAAGGGGUACAUGCGAAAUAAUAUCCUGCCUCAGCUCCCAGAGGGUGCCCAGCAGUCCUUCGCCGAUGCUCUAGAGCGGGGCCAGUUACGAUCAAUGCCGAACUCGUUCCUGCCUGCUUCGGUCAAUAAUACACCUGGGCUGAUGAUUCUGGGAGAUGCGCUCAACAUGCGGCACCCUCUCACGGGUGGAGGCAUGACGGUGGCCCUUAACGACGUCUGCCUUAUCCGUGAGUUGCUCAGUCCAGAGCGCGUGCCCAGCCUCUCCAAUACAGGUCUUGUUCUCGAACAGCUGGCGGAAUUCCACUGGAGACGGAAGAAUUCUUCUUCGGUCAUCAAUAUCCUCGCACAGGCUCUUUAUGCGCUCUUCGCUGCAGACAAUGAACACCUCAAGGCUCUUCGACGUGGCUGUUUCAGGUACUUCCAGAUUGGGCCAGUUAGCGGCCCCGUUGGGCUGUUGGCCGGUCUGAUCAAGAAACCCCUCAUCCUCGUCAGCCACUUCUUCUCCGUCGCCUUCCUUUCUAUUUGGGUUCUCAUCUGCGAUACUCCUCUGUCCAAGCUACCCCUGGCUCCAUACUACGCUUUCAUGAUAUUAUACACAGCCUCCGUCGUGAUUCUGCCAUACAUCUGGACCGAGAUUUGGUACUGA